AUGGAGAAAGCCUGUUUGAAGCAGGAGCAACAGCUCAAGAAAGGGCCUUGGACGGUAGAGGAGGAUCAGAAGCUUGUUUCUUACAUUCGUAAGCAUGGCCAUUCCAGUGGCACCUGCUUCCCAUGCAAGCAGUUGGGAGCAGGAUUACAGAGAUGUGGGAAAAGCUGCAGACUACGCUGGACCAACUACCUGAGGCCCGAUAUUAAACGAGGAAAUUUUUCUUGGGAAGAAGAUCAAACAAUAGUAGAGCUCCAUGCCCUACUGGGAAACAAGUGGUCUACAAUAGCUGCCCAUCUGAAAGGAAGGACAGACAACGAGAUCAAGAACCACUGGAAUACUCGACUGAAAAGGAAUUUGCUACGAAUGGGAAUCGACCCCAUGACUCACAUACAUCUUUCACAACACCCUGCCUCUUCACUCAACUAUAGUUACAUUGCCUAUCCCAGGCUAAGGCUUGAGAGUGAAGCCCACUAUCUCAACCAGAGUGCUGCUCACAAUACCAAUAUUAACCUACACUAUAAUAUGCUAACAUCUGCACGAGCUUCUAUAGCAUCUCCCUAUAAAGAAAUGGCUACCAUCUUCAACAGUGAAAACAAUAACAACGUGGUGGAGGAUGAUAGAGUAAGGAUGCCGAUGCUUAAUCCCCAUGUCAAUAUGCCUUCACUGUCAGGAGAUUCUAGCAUUUUGGAUACACUUCCCCCAUUUACUUGUCCUAAUGGCUAUCAAGGUCCUCUCUUGUUAGAGGACAACAAUGCUCAUACAGAUGCUAGUGGUGGAUUCAUAAGAGGGAUUUCAGAAGGGUCAAAGAACUCUGAGGAUGAUGAAGAGAGUGAAGGAGAUGACAUGCAGGAAGAAGAGGACAUAGUGGACAACGAUGCUGGAGAGGAGGAUUCUGUGAGAAGUGAGGAGGUAUGA